UUGCCGCGUGGGACGGGCUGCGUCCUGGGCAGAUGUCCACCUGCGAGGAACGCCCCGCGGCGGACUGACCGUCCGCCUGGCCCGACAGUCGCCCCGUCCAGGUCGUGGGUGCUGAGUCCCGAGAGUCGGCCGAGUCCAAGUUUCUGGGACGGGCGAGGGCUUCGCACCGGUCGCCAGGGUGCCGGGCGGGCAGCCGUGCGUCCGCGUGUGGACAGGGGCGCCAGGGGACCGUGCCGACCGGGUUUCUGACCCCAGGUGCUGGCUAUGCCCCUUGUACCUCGCGGGGAGGCUGAUCUUGGAAAACGUACCCGGAUUUAGGUGGUCCGUGGCGGAAUUGAGGGUUUCAUGAAAGUGAAGGGAACCGCCAGUCUCAGGUGGAUGUGGGAAGAGAUUUUUGCAGGACUGAAAUGGAGGUCAGAGCUUCCUUACAGAAGGUUACUGGGUCAUCGGAUUCUGUGGCUGCACAGAACAGUGAAGAAUUUGUUUUGGUUCCUCAGCAUGCAGGUGAUACUUCUACAAAAGAUGAAGAAAAACCUGAACUGAAGAUAGUUUCUAAUGGUGAUGAACAAUUGGAAAAAGCCAUGGAAGAGAUUUUGAGAGAUUCUGAGAAAGGGCAAGGCAGCCUUCUUGUGGAUCGUCAAAGUUCCAGUGAGAUUUCAGACCAUUCGCUUGGCGAUGUUUCAGCCAGCCAAACAAAUAAGCCAUCUCUUCAGUUAAUUUUGGAUCCAUCAAAUACAGAAAUUUCUGCACUCAGACCAUCUUCUCCAAGUGGAUUGCCGGAAGAAGAUAGUGUUUUAUUUAACAAACUGACCUACUUAGGAUGUAUGAAGGUUUCUUCCCCGCGUAAUGAAGUAGAGGCUUUACGGGCAAUGGCAACUAUGAAAUCUUCGAGUCAGUACCCCUUUCCUGUUACUCUGUAUGUGCCAAAUGUUCCAGAAGGUUCUGUGAGAAUCAUAGAUCAGUCCAGCAAUGUGGAGAUAGCAUCUUUUCCAAUCUAUAAGGUGCUGUUCUGUGCACGUGGACAUGAUGGGACAACAGAGAGCAAUUGCUUUGCAUUUACAGAGAGUUCCCAUGGUUCAGAAGAAUUUCAGAUACACGUUUUCACCUGUGAAAUUAAAGAGGCAGUAAGCAGAAUUUUAUAUAGUUUCUGUACAGCAUUCAAACGUUCUUCCAGACAAGUGUCUGAUGUUAAAGACUCAGUUAUUCCUACACCCGACAGUGACGUGUUUACCUUCAGUGUCUCCUUGGAGGUAAAAGAAGAUGAUGGAAAAGGAAACUUUAGUCCUGUGCCUAAGGACAGAGAUAAAUUUUAUUUCAAAUUGAAGCAAGGAAUAGAGAAGAAGGUUGUGAUUACAGUGCAGCAACUUUCUAACAAAGAAUUAGCUAUUGAAAGAUGUUUUGGAAUGUUAUUAAGCCCAGGUCGAAACGUGAAGAACAGUGACAUGCAUUUACUGGAUAUGGAAUCCAUGGGAAAGAGCUAUGAUGGGAGGGCUUACGUUAUCACCGGCAUGUGGAACCCCAAUGCACCCAUAUUUCUGGCACUUAAUGAAGAAACCCCAAAAGAUAAACGAGUGUACAUGACUGUGGCAGUGGAUAUGGUCGUCACGGAGGUGGUGGAGCCUGUCCGCUUUCUCCUGGAGACAGUAGUACGUGUAUACCCUGCAAAUGAGCGAUUCUGGUAUUUCAGCAGAAAGACUUUCACGGAGACUUUCUUCAUGAGGUUGAAACAGACAGAGGGAAAAGGUCACACCAGUGCUGGAGAUGCAAUCUAUGAGGUGGUGAGUCUACAGAGAGAGUCUGAGAAGGAGGAACCUGUCACUCCUACUAGUGGAGGGGGUCCAAUGUCACCCCAGGAGGAUGAAGCAGAAGAGGAGAGUGAUAAUGAACUCUCAAGUGGAACAGGUGAUGUGUCUAAGGAUUGUCCUGAGAAGAUCCUGUAUUCCUGGGGAGAAUUGCUAGGAAGAUGGCACAAUAACCUUGGUGCACGACCAAAAGGACUGUUCACACUGGUGAAGAGUGGCAUCCCUGAAGCUCUGAGGGCAGAGGUAUGGCAGUUGUUAGCAGACUGCCAUGACAACCAGGCAAUGCUGGAUAAAUACCGACUUCUCAUCACAAAGGACUCCGCCCAGGAGAGUGUUAUCACUCGAGACAUUCAUCGGACGUUCCCUGCACAUGAUUACUUUAAAGACACAGGAGGAGAUGGCCAGGAAUCGCUCUACAAGAUCUGCAAGGCCUACUCUGUCUUCGACGAAGACAUUGGGUACUGCCAAGGACAGUCUUUUCUUGCUGCUGUAUUGCUUCUGCAUAUGCCAGAAGAACAAGCAUUCUGUGUUUUGGUGAAAAUCAUGUAUGACUAUCAUUUACGAGAUCUCUACAAAAACAACUUUGAAGAUCUUCAUUGCAAAUUUUAUCAGUUGGAGAGACUAAUGCAGGAGCAGCUACCGGACCUGCACAGCCAUUUUUGUGACUUGAACCUGGAGGCCCAUAUGUAUGCUUCCCAGUGGUUUCUCACUCUUUUCACCGCCAAGUUCCCGCUCUGCAUGGUCUUCCACAUCAUUGACUUACUGCUCUGUGAGGGUUUGAAUAUAAUCUUUCACGUAGCCUUGGCUCUUCUAAAGACCUCAAAGGAAGAUCUUCUGCAGGCUGAUUUUGAAGGGGCUUUAAAGUUCUUCAGAGUUCAGCUUCCAAAGAGAUACAGGGCAGAGGAAAAUGCAAGAAGAUUGAUGGAGCAGGCUUGUAAUAUCAAGGUACCGACCAAGAAGCUGAAGAAAUAUGAGAAGGAAUAUCAGACAAUGCGUGAGAGUCAGCUGCAGCAGGAGGACCCCAUGGACAGAUACAAGAGGGAGAACCGGAGAUUACAGGAGGCCAGCAUGAGGUUGGAACAAGAGAAUGAUGACCUCGCCCAUGAACUCGUAACCAGCAAGAUUGCUCUGCGGAAUGACUUGGAUCAGGCGGAAGACAAGGCAGACGUGUUGAAUAAGGAGCUCCUCUUGACCAAACAGAGGCUGGUGGAGACCGAGGAAGAGAAGAGGAAGCAGGAGGAAGAGACUGCUCAGCUAAAAGAAGUCUUCAGGAAACAGCUAGAGAAGGCAGAAUAUGAAAUAAAGAAGACUACAGCUAUCAUUGCCGAGUACAAACAGAUCUGUUCCCAGUUGAGCACCAGACUGGAGAAGCAGCAAGCAGCCAGCAAGGAGGAGCUGGAGGUAGUGAAGGGUAAAAUGAUGGCCUGUAAGCACUGCAGUGACAUUUUCAGCAAGGAGGGCGCUUUGAAGCCAGCAGCCAUAAGCAGAGAGGACCAGGGAAUUGAAUCGGAUGAUGAGAAGGACUCACUUAAGAAGCAGCUGAGGGAGAUGGAGCUGGAAUUGGCACAAACCAAACUGCAGCUGGUGGAGGCCAAGUGUAAAAUCCAGGAACUUGAACAUCAGAGAGGGGCCCUUAUGAAUGAAAUCCAAGCUGCAAAAAACUCUUGGUUUAGCAAAACCCUGAACUCGAUCAAAACGGCCACGGGCACCCAGCCCCUGCAGCCGCCACAGAGCACCCAGCCACCCAGAGAGAGCACAUAGUUCCUGCCUCAGCCCAGCACAGGAGCACAACGAUCAAAGCGACGGAGACCCCGAGGACUCUCCCAGGUGCCCCUUUGAAGAAAGAAAGUAAAGGAGGCCGGGAAGCAAGCCCGCUCUUUCAGUGGCUCUCACUCUUUCUUGUUUGCCACUUUCAAAGGGAUGUUAUUGAAACUGGCCUGAUUUAUGUUGAAUACCUGUUUUCGCGCUUCUUCUUGGAAGGCCAUGUUCAGAUCCAUCCUAGUAUUACCCGUUAUUUUACAUGCCUGCUAUUUAGUUGGGAAUCAGUAAUUCAGAACUAAAUGCUUUUUAUUCAGGACUAACUGUUCAUAUUGUUUUUUAUCUUACAUAAGAAUGGAGAUGUCUUUUAUUCCAAGGUUGAAGUGAUAAGACGAUAUUUGCCACACAAAAAGAAAUUGAAACCUAAAACUCUUAACUUUUCAGCAUUUAUUCAGGUAAAGCACACUGUGGGGCUGGUCAGGACCACUGUCAGGCUUCCUCCUGAAAGCGAUGUCCUGGAGAGCGGUGACCUGUCGGAGGGAAGGACAGACCUGGGAUUGAACAGUCCCUGAAGCAAGUUAGUUUAUUUCAUUUUAUGUUGGGUGCAUCUGGAAACGAAGUGCCAAGAACCAUAGUAUAAGUCAGGCUGUUGAGAAGUCACACUAGAGAAAAGGAACUGAGAUUUCGAUAAACACAGGAAGAAAUAAAUCACUUUGGCCCUGUUGUUCUAACAGGUCCUUUUAAGAACUCCACACAGGAAUUGCAAGGUCCUAAAUAUGAGCACAGUUGUGAGUGCUGGCAAACGCCAAGUCGAAGGGGACAUUGCGAGUUGUAGCCUUAGGAAACCUUCACCAGAGAAGCCUAGAAAGAUCUAGGUUUAGCCACUGUGUUCAGAAACAGGGACAGAGAAUGUCAUUUAAUGUUGACAUAUGCUUGCUAAGGAAACACUAAUAUACUGUAACUUUGUUAAAGUUAUGAGAUGGGGAAAUGGAGGUCAGCUUCACAUCAUCUUAGUUUAAUCUUAGGCAGCUUUUCUUGAUUUCUAUAGCUCCCCAAAAUGUGCCCUUGGUACUCCUAGAUGAGGCUGCAAAUGCAUUUGUAACAUUUUUGAUUGAAUAUGAAACCUUUAUAGAAAUACUUAUCUCAUGGAAAGGUAAAGAAAACUAUUGUUUAAAAGUUGAUGGGAAUAUUUUUUCUAUUAUAUGUAACAUGUAUAUAUCAAUAGUCCUCACAGGAAAUCCUUUGGUAAGGGCAAAACAAAAUUUACCAUUUCCUAAGCUUUUUUGGCCUUUUCCACCAACCCAACUACUGUUAGGUAUGUACAGUAACAUUUACUGACACUCAUCCUUGGUUUCCUUGUUGAACAUAUUCUUUGCAAAGGAUCUUAACCUUUGUAUCGCCAGAGUGAUUCUCAUGUGUGCCAUAUGGUGCAAUUAAAAUUAACACACUCCUGGAGAUAAAGAUCAAAUAACAGCCAUCUUGACCAGGAGCACACACUACAAUUUGCUUCCCUCUAAAAUGGUCAUUAAACUCUAAAAAGUGAAGUCCCUUCAUCAGUGUUUAUAGGCUUGUUUGUUACACUUAUGAAAUAAUACUUUCUUACAGCAUUUCUUUUUUGGGUCCUGACAUCUUUCAUCAUUAUAUUCAUUUCCUUUUACCAAAACUUAAAAUAAGGCAGCAUUCCAGUGUCUAUGUUGACUUUAACAUUCCCUACAUGGUGGUUUAGAAAACCUAAUCUUUUUAUUUUUAUUUUUUAUUUUUGUAAAAUAUAAUGGCUAGAGAAUUGCAUAUUGGUAUUUGUUUCUGUAAAUCAUUUAGUAUAAUUUGUUAGCUUUAUUGAUACUUUAUGCUUUGAUACCAAGAAGCCUUGUACAAGCUGCCUUAUCAAAUGGCCAGCUAAAUUAAAGAUGUUCUUUUCUGUUUUGUGAAUCUUAUAGAUCUACUAUACAGAGCUUUUUUAACUUCCAAAAAUUGGCACAUUCCACAGAAUGACUAAAUUGCAUAAUUUUCCUUAAAUAGUAGUUGAGGGAGAAAUAGAAUUGUUCUAGGUCCAGUCCUUACCUGUAAACCUGGUCAAAUUUCAUUUUUUUCUUUAAAUAAAAUCACCAGGUAUAUACAUUCCAAAUGUUUAGUAAAUCAAUCUUUUGCAUUUUCUUUUUAAAGAUUGUAAUGGUAAUCUACAGAUUUUUUUCUUUUCCAGUUCCAUAUCAUACUUGAGUAUGUUUUGGCACCAUAAGUCUAAACUUUUUCACUGCAAUGCCUUUGGGUCAGUAGCAAUAGUAAAGAUAGAAAGAAAGAAAAUUCAAAAUAUGGUAUAUGAUAUGAUUAUUCAAACAAUAUGUUAUAACAGCAUUAUCUCAAACCACAUGUCCUUCACUGUCUUUUGUUUAAAACUCAUGCAUCCUAGGAUUAACUGCUAGUUUUAAUUUCACUUGUUUUGAAGUAUAUUUGAGAAUUGCUACUCUUCUCUUGAUUCCUUUAGAAAGAGAUUAACUAGCCCAAAUAUCCAGGAAAUUUUCAGAUAUUAUAGUGUGUUUUUCAUCUUUUCUAGAACACAUUAUCUAAAAGAUUCCUCCAGAAUCUAACAUUUGCAACAUUCUGAAAAGUGAUUAUUUCUCUUUUCAUUAAAUUCUGCAAAAUAAACGAAGGGAAUGAACUUCAACUUGAUUAUUCAAUUCAGUAGCUUUUAUAUCUUGAAAAUCUUAUUUAACAUGUAUUUUAAAGCUGAAAAAACCAAGCUGAAUUUUGCAGUGCAUAUGUUUGCUAGUUACCCACAUUCUGAGCCAUGGCACAAUUUGAUUAUAUUUAGUUACAUAUAAUUAAAUGCAAAAAAACCAAACUCUGUUACCUAAUGUUUUGUAUAUGAGAGCAUUUCAGAAACACUGAUAGGAAUACCAUACAGGCCUAUGGCCUAUAUCAACAUACAGCUAAUACCUCUAUUCCCCUCUCUUGGCUAUUAAGUUGGCAGUUUCUUCUUCAUUGGCUUUAUUAAACUUUCAUAGUAAAAUAGAAAAGCAAUCUUUGUACUGAUGUUGGGAUAUUUAAUCGUAUUUAUCUUGUUUCAUUUCUUCAACGUUUUCAUUCUUUUAUACUAUAUAUUAUUUAUUUUUCUCAACCCCCUACUCCAUUUUCUUAAAUACUUUCCAGUUAAUAACUAGUGGCUUCAUUUCCAAGCCAAAGUGAGUAAAACAAGAGAAUACACAGUUUAGGGCACAAGAGGUGAGGAAUCCUUAAAAGGGUGGAUUAGGUGCUGCAGCUGAGAAUCACAUGUAACUGACGUAAGGGACUGUUUUCUUGUUUUCUUUCUUUUUUUUUUUUUUUUUUAGCUGAAAUCACUCUACUAACUAUUCUGCUAAGGUGGGUGUCUGAAUUCAGGACCCCUUUAAGGGACAAAGGAGCUUUAAAAAAAUUAAAUACCUUGUUUGUUUUAUCUCUCUUGAAAAGAACACUUAAUAAGAUGAUUCUAUUAUAUAACUUUUAAAAACAAUACUGACAAAAGCUCUGAUUCUCUUGCUUCCGUUAUAAAUGAGAGAAUGGACAAACUAUUGUUUGAUUUGAACAGUUAGAUUUGUGUGUGUAAAAUUUUAUAGAGUGUCCCUAACUCUUGUAUACCCAGGUACCAUACACCUGAAUACAUACAUGGCGAUUGAAUACAGAAGGGCAGGUAACGGCUCAAUGGCCUGUUCACUACUGGCUAUAAAGCUCUUGCCCUCGAGUUGGAGUUGCCAGGCUCACGGUCACACUGAACUAGAACUGCUCCAAAACAUCCUCUCUCAUAGUGGCUUCUGUACAAUAAAGGCAAAGCCCUUUACCUUAGGAAUUCCUUGUCUUUCAAAAGCUACCAAAAUGAAUACUUUAGUGGGGGCUGCACCUCAAGCAGAGAUGAUCUUGAGUUGUAAUGAGAAAGUGGAUGUUUACAAGUAGGGAGUGACUCAGUCAGCGGUCAGGAGUCCCCUUCUCAGCUUCCAUCUAAAAGAUGACAUGUCCAGCCUAUCUCCAAAUGAAUGUGUUACCUGCUAUACAAACAUCUUCAUCAACAUGUCCCAUUCUCCCCACCUCCAUCCCAGGUUUACCAUCAAUGGUAUUCUGAAAAACUUAAGAAAAAAGAAUCACUGAGUAGAAAAUGAACAUUUUAAGUUCCUUUGGUUUUCAUUGGCAGUAAGUCAACAUGUAAAAUCUUUUCCACUGUAACAUAAGUAUAUAUUAUAUAUGGAAUAAAAUAUAGGAAACUGAGUUAUAAGGACAUAAGUGCAUCAAGACUCUGGUGUCAUGAAAGCACAAGAAUAAAGCUGGAGAUGGUCCCAGAAUCCAAGAUGUCCCAAUAGCCUUUCACAUCAGUUUCUCUAUUUUUGGUAUUUUGCAUAAUAUAUGGAUCCUUAAUUCAAAUGAAAGAAACAAGUUCCUCAGGCAGCCCCACUUCCUUUCUUUCAACUCCUACCUUUCCCUUGCUGAGGAGGUAGUAGAAAUUCUCUAACAUCUGUUUUCAGGAAUAGUAUGAUUUUUGUCCGUGGUUUCUCUAAUGGAAACAGGUUCUGGGAUAAAGGAGUUGAUUAGCCCCGGCAGUGCUAAUUGACGACAAAAGAAAUAUUAGUGGGCAGCCUCUCUCCUCUAUAAACACUGACCAAUUAGAUGUUUCCAUAAUUCCAUGUAUUAUGCAUAGUACACUUCACAAAUGUAAAUGUAAUGCUUGUUAAGAAAAGUGCAAUUUAUUGUACAUUGUCCCCAAAAUGUUUACUUUUAUAAUUGUUAUGAACUUGAACUGGAUUAGUAGCUUGUUUUCAUGUGUGAAUGGAGCCUCGUGAAAUAAACAAAUGCAACCCCGAAGGUAACCACAGGUGACUGUUUUUGUGAGCCAGUGAUGUUUUCAAUGCUUUGUGUUGCCCCCUUGGCCCCAUUAAGCAGUAAUAAACAUUUGUUCCCGAGUCCA